CGGCCCCGCGCAUGCGCAGAGCUGACCCGGCAAAAUGGCGGAGCUGGAGGAGCCGAGACGGCGGAUCCCGCUGGUGCCGGAGAACUUGCUGAAGAAGAGGAAGGCGUACCUGGCCAUCAAGGCCACCCAGGCCAAGCAGGCGCUGCUCAACAAACGCAAGCAGCAGAAGGGGAAGCAGAUCCAGUUCAGGCGCCUGGAGACGUUUGUUCGGGAUUCGUGGCGCAAACGCCGGGAUGACACCCGCCUGAGGCGCAUGGAGCAGAGGCCUGGGCCGGCAGCGGCGCCUCAGGAGAGCAAGCUGGCCUUCGUCGUGAGGAUUGUGGACAUUAAGGGGGUGACCAAGAGGGUGAGAAGAGUGAUGGAGCUGCUGCGGCUGAAGAAGAAUUACACCGGCGUGUUUGUGAAGCUGAGCCCGCUGGCGCUGAAGAUGCUGCGGAUCGUGGAGCCUUACGUGGCGUGGGGACAGCCUAACCUGAAAUCUGUACGAGAGCUCAUCCUGAAACGAGGCCAAGCCAAGAUCAAGAAAAAGAGGGUACCUCUGACAGACAACAUGCUGAUAGAGGAACAUUUAGGGGGCUGUGGUAUCAUUUGCCUGGAAGACCUUAUUCAUGAAAUCUACUCCACUGGGAAGUAUUUCAGGAGAGUGACCAGCUUCCUGUGGCCGUUCCAUCUGUCGGUGGCUCGGCACGCGUCGCGGAACAGAGUGGGUUUCCUCAAGGAGAUGGGCAAGCCUGGCUUCAGAGGGGAUGCCAUCAACCAGCUCAUCCGUCAGCUCAACUAGUCAGGGUUUUUGUGAAAAUUUCAGGAUCUAGGACCUGUUCCUUUUCACAUGAUCCUUUCAUGGACAUUAUUUACGUGGACUGAUCUGUAUGCAACUUCUCUUGACUGGUGCCUCUAUAAAAGAAGAAACACAGAGAUGAUGAUGGUGGAGAUGGACUUUGGGCUGGCCCCUCUUAAAGAAGAAGAUAAAUUCUGUUUGGUACAAGAAUGAGCUUCUUGGAGCAAUUUCACUUUUGCAUCUCUGUAAAAUAAGUGGUUUUAUGCUCACUACUGCAGACUUCACUCUUUGAUGUGCACCUGCUUCUGGGGGUGAAGGGGUAGUGGAGUCACGAUUGUGCUGACAGGUAAAAGAAAACACCAGGGUAUUCUUCUGUUACUGCAGCACAAGCCCUAGCAGUGAAUAAUGUCACUUU